AUGGCAGUCUUCAGCAAGCCGACGUGGCGCCGGCCCGUGAUGGAUGCCACGCGCCGAUCGACCGCUAAGGCCGGACUUGUUCGUGAUGCACUCGGGCCGACGCGACGCCCAAAAGGCUGCUCGGGGAGCCGGCGUGAAGUAUCAGCGAGAACAACUGGGACGGGCAUCGCUGCGCCGCGAAGGUCAAACAGAGUGACCGACCGGGUCGCAAAGGGGCCAGGAUUCCUUCGAUGGGGCGACUGGGAACACACUAACUUGAUGUGUUGCAGCAGCAGCUCAUCCUCCAGCAACAAGCUUUGGGUCCGGGCGCGCCAGCUCCAUGCACUUGGUUCCGUCUGCUUCAACCGUCCUCUGCCAACAGUCUGCCCCCAAGGGCUCAAACUUGAGUGGUGGCACAAGAAUUGCAACCCAGAGAUCAACUCCCGCGGCGUGGUGGCGUUCGGGUCGCAGCCGGCGCCCCAAUUCAGGCUGUUCAGUUGUGUUAUCUCCCGGCCGUUCGGAAGCCCAUCGUCAGCCGUGGAGCUCAGCCAGCCGCACGCACAUCCGUUGAUCACGGGAUGA